UGUCUGUGGAUGUAGGUAAGUGACAGCUUACUCUACCGCUCUCCUUUUCAACUUUUACAAAUGAUUUGUCAAGCAUUUUAUAGACCACUACAUUGUGUGCAACAGUGGACUUGCAUGAAUGUGGUAUCCCUCCCUAAAGGGGAUUUUGUUUUGGAAAAAUAUUUCGUCUGAGUCCUCCUCAGUCUGUCCUUCUGUCCUUCUCACCCGGUGGUCCAGUUUACUAGCUUCCCUGUGUCACCAUGGUGACGGUGCCAGGUGUACCGGCGACCCUUGUGUUAACAGGAUUGUGUGUCGCUCUUCUCAUCACAGGAUCAUCUGGGACCUUCUGUACCACCAGUGUGGCUUCCCUGGAUUUAGGAUGCCUCCUGCGGUGGGAUUGUCCUCAGGCCAACGCUAACACCACCACCUACACCGUCCAAACUAAGACUCAGGGAGAUCCGUGGCAGGACGUGGAGGGGUGUGUGCGGAUCUCCUCCCAGCACUGUGACGUAUCCCAGGCCUUCUCUGACUUUGAACUCUACAACAUGAUCCGCCUGGGCCUCCACCAGGGCCCUGGGAGCCCAGUCUGGACAAAACCACGCAAGUUUGACCCAAGUGAUUUCACCUUCAACAGCCCCUCCAUCUCUGUGUCUCUGUCUAGAGAAAGGCUGGUAGUGGAGGUGCACUUCCCCUGUUCUACCAACAGAGGGUGCUUUCCUCUGCAGAGCUGCUGUCCACUGUCAGAACUGAUUGACCCCUGGGUCACAGUGACCGUAUAUAACCAACAGAACCACUCUGACUACAAGAGGCGUACUGGUUGGGCCCAGGAGGUGGUGUUCAGGGCUGAGUUCUCAGACCUGGUCCCAGGACAGGACUACUGUGCCUUGGCUAACUUCUCCUUUGGACCCCCCACCUUCCCCCUGGCCUCCUCUCCCCCCUCCCACCCACACUGUGUCCACCAGGCUGCCCCAGGACCAGGGUUGCAGCCCGUGUUGUUGGGGAUAGGAGUGUGUGCUGUGCUCUUCUCUCCUCUCCUUGCUCUGGCUCUGUAUCGGCUGAAACAGAAACGAGAUGCACCUCGCAUUAACAGACUCCCCAAGACUCUAGCAACUCUCCAGGCAUCCCUCCAGCACCCCCCAGAGUCCUCUUCAGACCCUGUUGACCCCAGUGACAUCCAUGUGGAGGUUGUGGACGACCACCUCUCCAUCAUAUCUUCCUUGUCCGGCUGUGUCUUCACCAACGCCCAGGCCCCAAGCUUGGGUGACGGGUACAGCAGCAAACCCUUCCCCGGUGACUACAGGUCAGGCAACAUGGACUGGCACACUGGGGGAGACGCUGAGCUGGGCCUGAACUCUGGCAGCACCCUGUCCCUGCCAUGCUCCACUGUGCCUAUAGGGCUACAUAUGACCCAGUGCAACUUCGGUUCACCUCUACGACCACAUCCAGGGCCCACGGUGCCAACACUACCCUACCUUGAUUCUCUUUCUCUGUCAGAGGCUGGGGAGGGCCAGGGGGUCCCGCUGUGCUCAGUGAGGUUUGGGGGGGCGAGUGAAGGGGGUGAGAACCUGGAGGGACUACAGUGGUGUAACCGGUAGCAUGUUGAACUGCAGUACCCAUAAUGCUCUGUACAACAUAUUCUGAUGAACUCCACAGUGCAGUUGAUUUUGGGGGAGAUGAGAUGGGACAGAACUGGACCCAAUGAAAAGUAAUGGCGGUCCUAUGUAGCUCCGCUGUUAAAAAGCAACGGCACUAUCAAACGGCAGGGUUGUGGAUUAGAUUCUCACCAGAAUCACAUACUAAAAAUGUAUGCACUCACUUUAGUGUAGGUCGCUAUGGAUACAAGUUGAACGUCUGCUGAGUGGCAUUGGGGACCUGGUUCUGCCGUAUAUAGCUGUCGAAGGCGACAUGGCUGGGAACUGAGGCGCCAAGCUCAGUUUGAACAACAACACUGACAACCACAGCUUUGUUUUACACCGUUUGUUUAGUAGGGUUCACAAUAUGGACCACUUCUGCAGAGCCGGGGUGAUGACAGAUUGAUGAACAAAUCAAUAGGGCCCCUGUUGGAGCGAGCAGAGCCUCUGAUUCACAGGUACAGCUGGGUCUUUGGGAGGGUUUGCUUGAGGGGUGCUGAGAGUAGUGUGUCAAGUUCAAAAACGUUAUUGUCCAUGUUUGUUUAAAAUGGGAAUUUAUCUUUGGCUUACGGGCAUACAUUUUCAGUUACAGCCGGGGGGGGGGGGGUUGUUCUUUCAGAGGUCUAUGGAGAGCAAUAUUUGUUUCAGGAGAUCCCCUCCCCCCACCCUUCACUGGACUGUGAUAUGGAUAAUGGCGAUUUUAGCAUGUACAUUUUUGUGUGGCAAAAAAAAAUGUGGGCAGCAAAGCCACAACACAACACUAAACAAUACCUUAAUUGUACUAUAAUGGUGACAUACGGUGCCCACAAACUGUUAGGGCCUAUAUAAAGCUGUCCCAACACCAGUCACAACAGCAUCUUACCACUGCUACACCUGGCUAUCAGCAGAGCCUUGUUUGGCAGAGAAACAGUUCAUUCAGCCUCAUUUACUGCCUUAAAAAAAACAUAGCUGACAUGGCUGAAUUGAGAUGUAUGAACUAUGAUAUAAGGGAACGACAAGAGGAUAAGAGGCAAUCUGUAAUUUCGAUCAAGACAUUAAUGAGCAAGCUAGGACGGACAUAGUCAAUGCAACUAUUUGUUCAGCACUUUUGAAAUGUACAGCAACAGAAUUCAGAACAUGGGCCAUUCUUAGUGUUCUUCCUGUACACCAAGUCAGAACCAUAGGAUUAAUAAAGGGGGCAUAUAAGCAGACAAUGAAAGCUCUUACAAUAUUCAAUGAUUACAUUUCUCAAAAACAGGUUAUAAGCUACAUGUGCACCACCAAAAAAUGUAAAGGUGAAAAUAGACCAAAUUAUUAGGGUGAGGCACAUGGGCUACUAACUGCUUACUACACAACAUACACUUAGUAUUACUUUCUUAGCUACAGUAUACAUACCUCCCUGGCAUAUUACAUCAUUUAUGCAGCAGCAUACAAUAUAGUUUUGGACUCCCCUUGUUGUGCUGUGUUCACUUAAACAGGAAGGUGGUGGUGCGGUGGUCCUUCGUGGGCAAAUGUUGUCAUCAAAGUCUGGCAUUCUUUGGAUUUAUGGUGCUUUCAAGAUAACUGGGAACUCUGGAGGGGGGGGGGGGGUUUGAAUUAUGAUGACGUCAGUAAUCUUCAAGUUGAAGCUCUAGAUAGAGGCCCGAGUUCCAAAUGUCCAAUUCCAAAUUGGAUGAAAGUUCAAAACGUAUUUUCCCAGUCGUAGCUCGUUUUCCCGAGGUCCCAGUUGUCUUGAACUCACUGAAGUCAGAUUUGCAGUUCCGAGUUAAGUUGUUUUGAGUGUGGCACAAAUCAUGCUUCAUUGACAGCAUGGCCAAUGUUGAAUGUUUAUCAUUUUAAACUAGGAAAAGACACCCUUAAUCUUAGACUUGGGAUAACACAGCCACUCCACUGAAUAGCAGGCUAAUGAUUGCUUUGCAAUGCUUGCAGUUAGCCACUGAUUCCUUCUAAACCACUCAUUGUUGAAUUUGCAAUUUCCAACUUGUUGUGUAAUGUUUAUGUCCAAUGGCCGAUGAGCACCAAUAUGUUUUAUCUAUAAUUUAUCUUAAUUAUUUCUCUUCAUAUGACAAGGAUUAAAAAGGAUUUGCCAGUAGAUUGUCAACUUCAUUCAUGAUGAUGUCUGCUAGCUAAGAUUUUGAAAGUAUGAUGUUGACAUGAUCAGUCCAAUCAAAGCUACUGUAGAUAUGUGAUUUGACGUCAUUUCUGUGGAGCCUUCUUGGAUGGGCACUUCUAAUGUAACUCUAUGGCAGCACCCAAGGGGCUUGAGUAUUUUCUGCUGGCAGCCCCACCACCACAGAAAGCACUGAGCUAGGCUGAAACACCUGCAUUUUGGAGUUGCCUUACUCAAGAAAAUAAAAAGAGACCAUGUUUGUAUGCGGCUUUAUUAACUCAAUGAUAUAUUUUUUUACAGUGUUUUCAAACUGAUAUGUGACAUCUAUUAAUGCCAAAAUAACAUGCACAUUUUUUUUUUUUUAAUUCUAAAAAUGUGGGGCUCAAAACAGGUGGGGUCUCCACUACGUAUGGACAAAACUGGACUAUCAUAAACAUAUACCAAGGGGGGUUUAUUAUUCUGACCACACCUUUAUUUCCUCUACCUACUGUACUGUGUGAAGUCUUGUCAGGAGAAUUCUAUACUCCUGUUCAUUUACCAAUUCAAUUAAGUUACCCUUAGUCUGUUAUAUCAGGAUUUGUAAGGUACUGAUAGAAAAGGAAACAGACAGGCCCAGUCUACCAAAGUUAAAUGUUUAUUCACGGGAACGUUCUGACGUGUACAGGACCUUCAAUUUAUAGCGACAUACAUACUUCCACACCAACCAUCAAAUCCGCCCGCCAAUAGAGCGUAGAUAAGAUAGGGAGAGACCUGGGACUGGGAAGUGUCCCAGCCAAGGUCUCCCCGGAUCUGGCACAGACAGAUAGUCAGAAUCAACGUUUUGGGAACAAUGUGUCUAGUGUUUUGAGAACAGACUAAAACCACACACAGUAUUAUAAUAUAAUCAUCGAAUGAGUCUAACACUUACACACACGUGUUAUAAUAAUCUAUUGAUUCAAAUUCAUUUCAUACAAUCACAUGGUAUCAGACCUAUUGUUUCAGGACUGUAACACUCUAAUCAUUUAUUAAAACACAUUUCCUUA